GUUGUUGGCGAGGCGAGCCGUGAUCGCUGCGGCGCUUUCUUCGUGCGCGGGUUGCCUGAAGGCAGGAAGGAAGCAAGGAAGAGCCGAACCAUGCACGCCGCCUCACCUCCCCGUGCCUCCUCCCCCGGCAUCCUUAAAUGACACCAGGUUGAGGGCACGGGCUCACCCGGAGCGGACCAUGGCAUGCGGCCCGACCCGGGCAAGCAGCACUGAUCAUGGGACUGCGGUCCAGGAGCGUGGCGAGUGGCUCAGAGGACCACAAGAAGGACCCCCCGGACCGGCAGUGUGGAGUCGGAGCGGGUGACGACAAGGAUGGCGCCCUGCUGGCGGCGGUGGUGGUGGCGGACUACAAGCGGGGCUCGCAGGGCACGGCCAUCGGGCUCCUGGCCAAGACCCCGCUCAACUACAGCCGUCCCGCCAAGAGGAAUAACGCUCGCAAGAGGAGGAUCCAGAACCUCAUCUACGACGCGCUGGAAAGACCCCGAGGAUGGGCGCUCCUCUACCACGCCUUUGUAUUUCUGAUCGUCUUGGGCUGUUUGAUUUUGGCCGUGUUGACAACCUUCAAAGAGCAUGAGAAGACGUCAGCUCAUUGGCUGGUGGUUCUGGAGACGUUUGCCAUUUUCAUCUUUGGGGCCGAGUUUGCGUUGCGCAUUUGGGCUGCAGGAUGUUGCUGUCGUUACAAAGGAUGGCGAGGCAGGCUCAAGUUCGCCCGCAAGCCGCUUUGCAUGCUGGACAUCUUUGUUCUGUUGGCCUCGGUGCCGGUGGUGGCGGUGCGUAACCAAGGCAACGUGCUGGCCACGUCCCUGCGCAGCUUGCGCUUCCUGCAGAUCCUGCGCAUGUUGCGCAUGGACCGGCGAGGUGGAACCUGGAAGCUGCUGGGCUCGGCCAUCUACGCGCACAGCAAGGAGCUGAUUACAGCCUGGUACAUCGGGUUCCUAUCGCUGAUCCUGGCAUCCUUCCUGGUCUACCUUGUGGAGAAAGACGACGUGUCGCCGUCCGAACGGGACCUCCCCGCCGCGCAGCCCAACGCUCAGGACUUUGACACGUACGCCGACGCGCUGUGGUGGGGGCUGAUCACGCUGACCACCAUCGGCUACGGCGACAAGACGCCAAAGACGUGGGCGGGGAGACUUCUGGCCGGGACCUUCGCAUUGAUCGGCGUCUCCUUCUUCGCUCUGCCUGCCGGUAUCCUGGGUUCCGGUCUGGCCCUGAAGGUCCAGGAGCAGCACAGACAGAAGCACUUUGAGAAGAGACGCCAUCCGGCCGCUGGGCUCAUCCAGUCGGCGUGGCGCUACUAUUCCACCAAUCCAAUCAGGGAAGACCUCAUUGCCACUUGGCGGUUCUACGAGACCAUCAUCUCGCUCCCGUGCUUCAGCAGCCAGAAGAUGACGCUGAUGGAGCGUGUGCGCCUGCCCAACGCACGACCGGCCAUGGCGAUGGCGGCGAGUAAGAAGAUGGCGGCCGAAGCGCUGGAGGAGAGCCCCUCCAAGCCGGCCGGGUUCAGCAAUCGCGAACGCUUCCGUACCGCCUUCCGCAUGCGGGCAGCCACGCUGCGCCAGAGCUCCGAAGAUGCGACGCUUGGGGAGGCGGUGCUGGAGGUGCGUGGCUUCCCGCCCGACAUUCUGCUUGAGGAGUCCAUCCCCACGCUCAAGCUGGCCAUCAGGGCCGUCAGGAUCAUGACCUUCCUGCUCAACAAGAAGCGCUUCAAGGAGACGCUGCGGCCUUACGACGUCAAGGAUGUGAUCGAGCAGUACUCAGCCGGACAUCUGGACAUGCUCUGCAGGAUCAAGUACCUCCAGACCAGGAUCGAUAUGAUUCUGGCGCCCGGAGCCCCCCUUACCCCCAAGCCCAAGAAACCUGUCAAGCCUCCCUCCAAUUAUGCCAGCGGCCAGUCACCCAGGCACGAGUCCUUCUUGUCCAAAGGCCCCCCUGUGGCAGGAACCGAGGACCAGAGCAUGAUGGCGAGAUUUGUGCGCGUGGAGCGGCAGGUGGAAGACAUGGAGAAGAAGUUGGACUUCCUGGUAGACAUGCACAUUCAGCGCAGUGAGCACCUGCACGUGGACUCGGCAGGCGCUGCCCACAUGACCCUGGGGCCCCCACAUCCCUUGGCAGGUGGAGACGCCCGCCGGCUCGUCCCCAACUCCGGCGAGGGUUUUCCGCAAAGGCUGCGGUACCCGGCCGCCGUCGAGGCAGGACCGGCCAGCAGGGGGGGCGGGCGCGCUCAGCCCCGAGAGCCCGUGUACACGGCGCGCCCCACCGUGCUGCCCAUCACCUCUCUGCAGGACUUGUCGGGGGGGUGCGGCAGGACCACGGGGGGACCCGGCGGUGGCGAGUCCCCGUUGUCGCUGCUGUCGAUGAACCACGAGGAGCUGGAGCACUCGCCCAGCGGCUUCAGCUUCUCCAGCAGCGAGCGCCACGGGGAGGAGGUGGCCGGGGACGGAGGCCGUGGGACCGGCGCCGGGGCCAAGGAGGGUGACCGGACCCGACCCAGACCCGUCUACCUGGCGGAGGGCGAGACGGACACAGACACAGACCCCUUUACUCCUAGUGGGGGGCCGCUGCCCCUCUCUUCCACGGGCGAGGGACUGGGUGACGAUGUGUGGAGUACACCACCCUGAGCGGGGAGGCGGCGCCCGCCAACUCAAAACCUUUAAUCCGAACCACGCCUCCGCACUCGAAGCCUUCCGAGGAUGUCGGCCGCCGUGUCGACAAUGUUGCGACAUUUUCUCCCGAGUAUUCCCGGGAAAAUAUUUUGCAACUGUAGUAUCCAGUGAUGUCAUCGGUGAUGAUGUCACGACACGGGUGGGACUGUGGCUUUUUGCCGCUGCAUGUGACGCACGGUGACUGGCGCGGAUGCCGGAUGACGUCACGCCUGCUGUGCCGUUCAAAAAGCCCUAACCCUUCGCACAUGUCACACAUACUACCUGACCUGACCUGACCUGACCUGACCUGACCUGACCUGACCUGACCUGACCUGACCUGACCUGACCUGACCUGUCCUGUAUGUACGCCACAUGUACAGACGGCGCCUCCGCAAAGUAUUCACGGCACUUGGUCCAAAAUGCCUUGAUCAGCUUGCUUCCACUGCUAUGAAUCCCACUUGAGGUCAUUCUUGAUGAAGGCUGUGGCAUUGCAAAACGGCAAAGAAGCUGUGACUGCUUCGCAGAUGCGCACAACACAUAUCUCCACGUCACACAUGUACAUAACACAUAUGUACACCACGACACUUUAGUUUGCAUGCAUGCAUGCUAGAGCGCCAUCUAGUGGCCAUACUCAACCAAAAGUUUCACAUGGGUGCGUGUGUUUUGUUGACAGUUUGUCACGCCGACAAGUGGGCAGAGUGAUUGACAGCUUCCGAGUGUUAGUCCAUGUGAUGUCCAACGUGCCAAAAUACACAUUUAUUUAAUUUCAUUUUACGACUUUUAAUUAAUCCCGGUGGGACGUCGCUACGACAAAAAGCCAUCAGAAGCAACAUGCAAAACACAAAAAAAUCAGUGAAAUUUAAUAUUUUGUGGAGAUUUUCUAAUGAUGAAAAAGUAUUUUCUAAAAGACUUUCACGCCUUUUUAGUGUGUCGUCUUGUCAUGCGACCGGCGACACACUUUGGGUGCCAACGACAUUGGCGGGAAGUCAGAGGCGGGUCCUCACUCGGUAGCCUUCGUCAUCUUAAUAAUCGUAAAUUAUUUCAAAUAAGUUAUCAAGUUUGAUGAACGUAACAGGAAUUGAUCUUUGCCAAUGUAUUUAUGUUUCAUAAUGCAGCUUUGCAGUGCGCACGCACACACACAUACACGUUUUUGUAAUGAUGAUUUAUUUUUUGAUUUAUUUACAUUAUGCAACUUUUCUUUUUACAGCAUCGGCCUGAUCAGUUAGCAUGAGCUACCGUGUCAUGUGAUCAUCUCAAUGAGACGCCGAGCAUCCAGUAAAAUACUUAGUUAUAGUUUACGUUUAUUUUUUAAAACUGCUGAAACAACUGCAUUUACUUUGACACUCUGCAAUGCUCAUCUUUUGCUAAUGGUGGCCACACCGUUUUAGUUGUAUUUUCUUGAGAUCUGAAAACAAUUUUACAAAUUGUAAAAUUGUUUUUUGAAACCUUUUGCGCACGGUGAACACUUGAAUGUUUGUCAACGCUCCGUCAUGUAUCAGCAAAUGUAAAUUUGUCAUUUGAAAAUGUCCUCUCGUCGUUCCUUAUGUCUGUUUCACUAAUAGGAUGAAAACGGUCGUCCUCAUUUGAAUAUUCAUGAGGUGCUUUUGCGGUUUCAAGCGUGCUCGGUGAAUGUCACUCCUGAAGGUUCUGACCCCAUCCAACCCCCACCCACCCUCUUCUGAUUGGUUUUCUGCCGAUUGACACUCCAUGUUUGGACGCACACCGCAAGUUCUGCUGGACAACAGUCCAAAUUGUCCUAUUUAUACGCACAUAAAAAAAGCCAUAAAAAAUUCAGGUUGUCUAUUGAGCGUGUGUACGUAUAAAAAAAGCGAAUGUGUGUGUGUUGUCGGUUCUGAUCCAAACGAGCUGAAACUUUUUGGACCUUUUCAUCGCCACCAAUGAUUUGUGCCUUGGCCUUUCCCGAUUCAUUGUUUCCUUCGUGUGUGUGUGCAUGUGUGUGUGUGUUGGUGGACGGCUGCCAAGUCGCGUCACAACAUUGCUGUGUGAGAAGCACAAAAUUCAAGUGUACACAAAAACAUCUUCAAUAGUGACAGCAUAUAACCUACUCUAUGUAUCUUCACAUCUACUCUGACAGCCAGUAAACAAUGCUAAGCUAAGAACCAUAAUAGCCAAUAACCAUAAUAUCUCUCUAUAUAGCUUCUAGUGUGCAUGUGAACGCGCACUUUGAUAAGACGAGCGGGUCGCUAUGAUCACUGGGUAACCGUGCCAAACGAAACGAUUCCUUGCUCGAUCAAGUCCUUGCAUGCGGCAACCACGUAACGUGCCGUCGCACACUUUCGAGGCCCGAAGAAAGUCUGUGAGCGACUUGGCGGCGGCUCCUUUAGUUUCAACGUUAAUAUAAGUGACCUUCACAUGUCCCCCCCAAACCUUUUUGUUCAUCAGAUGCAAAUAUGCAAAUCAUUGUCGUCACUAUUUCCCUUUUUUUUUUUAAUGGACCAUUCUCUUUUCA